AAGCUACACCAUUGAAAACAUCAGAUACAAUAACAAAGAAAGGGCAAUCUUUUGACGUAAAUCGUCGUGCAGUCUAUCAUUCUCUGGAGACAGGAGGUGGCUAUGAAGGGCUAGUAACCUUUUGCAGCAUCAUGAACAUGCCAUGUCUAUCACUACCUGCUUAUUACAGACAAGUAGACACAAUACUUGAGGCUUUAGAAGCUGAAGCCAAAGAUGAAAUGACACAGGCAGGGAUAAGAGUUCGCGAGUACAUCCUGAAGGAAAGUGGAGAUGAAGUCAAUGAUGAUGUAGUCGAUGCAGCCGUUUCGUUUGAUGGUACAUGGGCGAAAAGGGGGUUUACCUCUCUGACUGGAGUUGUUUUUGUUAUAUCUGUAGACACUGGAGAGGUUCUUGACUAUCAUGUCCUUUCAAAAGAAUGCCGGAAAUGUACCAUGAAAAGGUCUCAGUGUCAAACUGACGAGGAGUUCGAAGCAUGGCAGAUUGAGCAUCUUGCUUCCAAUGAGUGUGACAUUAAUUUUAAUGGAAGCUCACCUGCAAUGGAAGCUGAGGGUGCCAUAGUUGUUUGGAGUAGAUCUGUGGAACUGCAUAAAAUAAGGUAUAAAUGGAUGGUUUCUGACGGAGACAGUAAGGCAUUCAAUACUGUGGAGAAUAUAUAUGGCGAUGACUGCAAGGUGGAAAAACUGGAUUGUGUUGGGCACGUGCAAAAACGCAUGGGCAAGCACCUACUUAAUCUUAAAGCAAGAACCAAAGGUAAACUUGCAGAUGGCAAACCCAUUGGAGGACGGGGCCGACUGACUGAGAGCCGCAUUAAACGCCUUCAGAAGUACUAUGGUCUAGCCAUUAGACAAAACACCCUAACUAAAGCAAACCUAACAGAAAGAGAGGUUGAUGUUGUUGUUUACACCAUGAAGAAAAAUAUCAUUGCCAUCCUCCAUCACAGUGUCCAGUCACAAGAUGCUGCUAAACAACAUCGCUUCUGCCCUGUUGGUGAGGAUUCCUGGUGUAAAUGGCAACAAGAUUGUGCUACUGGAACAAAUACUUAUGAAGCAGGUGACUGUUUGCCUGAAGUGUUCUUUGAACUGCUGAAGCCAACAUUCAUCACACUUAGUGAAACUAAGCUGCUCCAAAGGUGUGUGCGUGGCGCCACCCAAAAUCGCAAUGAAUGCAUCAACGGACUGGUGUGGGCACGCUGCCCAAAACACAAGCAUCAUGGUGCCAAGGUGAUUAGAUGUGCAGUUGCUUCUACUGUGUGCCAUUUUCAUAGUGGAGCUGCCAGCAGAGCAAGAAUAAUGCAGAGACUGGUAA